GUGUUUGCAGGAGUUUGACUGGGAAGGGAGAGAUUGGGACAGCUACUGCUGGUUUUGGGUGUGGCAGGGGUGGAUGAAGGGAAAGGAUAGAAAAAGGGAAGGAAGGAAAGGGAAGGGGUGGUUGUUGGAGUUCGUCAGCUGAAGGUAAAGAGGGAUUGGAGGUUUUAAGCUGACCCCUUCAUGUGGAGGAAGGGGAGAGAGAAAGAGAGAGAGAGUAGAAUUUUAUUGCUUUCCUUCGUCAGAAGGAUAUCUCAAACGGAGGCGAGAGAGUGUGUGUGGAAAGGAAGUGGCUGGGGCUGUUAGCCUGGGACUUUUAACAAUAAAGAUAAGGGGGGAGGGUUUUGACACCGAGACCUGACUGAGAAGAAACAACAAAAGAAGAAAAAAGAUUGGUCGUAGCUACUGUUGCUGUGAAGCCUGGAGGCUAUCUGGACUGUGACUACUGUGGGGGGAGGAAACCAUUACUAUAGCACGCUGACUGCUUUUGUUUCUACUACUGCCUGGAGCCAGGGUUUUCAUCCACCCCACUUGAUCUUGAACGGUCAUUGAGGAUUCAUUAACUAUUGCUGCUACAACAGCCUUGGCCGGUUGGAUACCAUCACAGCAUUGACUAUUGGGGCUGGGACAGGGGGCUGGCCAUCUUUGUUCCUGGAAACCCCUUCUUAGUGACAAGAGUCUGCUACUUCCGAACUCUGCAUGAAGCUCCGGUUAGAAGAGAUACCUUACCAACCCCUAGAGAAUACAGUGGCAGAGCUUGACUAAGGGGGGCUGGGAGGGCCUAGGCUUUGGUGGCCUCUGUGGAGGUAACGCUACACAUGGGGGCUCGUCCGGGAUUUCCUGCCUGGCAUAUCCCCUUAGUAAGGAAAGGUUAGUCUUGUGUGAGGAUAUGAGCCAGGAGAACAAUAUGGACUCUAGUGCGGCCACCAGGUGGUGUGAGGAGCAGAAUAGUGAAGUAAGGAUAAGCGUAAUAAUCAAGGUUCCUGGUGAUGUUUGGUCAGAGGAGCAAAUUCUACAGACAUGGAGGGUUUUUGUCUGGUAUAUGUGGUAUAUGUGGUAGAUACGAGGGUGGAUAGGGAUUCCCCCUAUUUUUAUGUACUGCUGGAAUAGAAAAAGAGUGUCCCAGAGUGCUUUCAGAUUCAGAGUUUGCAACUGACAGAAGAUGCCAGGAUGGGGGUGAUUUUCCCUGUUACAUGGGACACAUCUUUGACCAAACUACUAGGCCAGAAGAAAGAGAAGUGUGUCUCCCCACCUGCAGGGAUAGCAGAAGUAGGGUUUACACAGGUGGGGAGAAGUUUGACUUCCGCCCAAAAACGGACUGGGGGUUACUGUAUAGGGGCUGGAUAUAGGAAAUUACCUAUUUUGGGGGGGAUGCAACUGGUGCCAGAGGGAGAAGAGAAAUAUGAAGCUUGGAUGGAACAGGCCAUAAAAGUUGAGGAAUGGGAUAUACCGGAUACCCAGAAAAGACAACGGGUUAGAGAAAGUUUAAAGGGCCCUGCAGCAGAGGCCAUUAGAAGUUUAACACUGAGUCGGGGGCAGUUUACUGUACGUGACUACCUCUCUUUGCUGCAUGAUGAGUUCGGGUCUGUUGAGACGGUCUUUAGUUUAUUGUUCCGGUUGGAACAUAUGUACCAGAAGAGGGGUGAGAAGCUGUCCGAAUAUAUAAGGUGCCUAAAUAGAUUAUUAUAUCAGGUAGUGGAGAAGGGGGGAUUGGAUCCAGCUGGGGUGGAACAGGCCAGGAUAGAACAACUCUCCUGGGGUGCUUUGGCUUCAGACCCUGUCCGGAGCCAAAUAAAGGUCAAAGCUAGAGGGAAUGCCUGGGGAUAUCACGAGCCUAUAAGGAGAGUACGGGCAAUGGAGGUUGUGGAGGGGGCUAAGGAGAUGCCAGCUGAAUUGUCGGUAGGACGGCCCUUAGGCCCAGGAAUGAGAAAGGUAAGAGAAGAGGAUAACCGGAUAACAACGAUGCAAACCGAGAUACUGGAGUUAACCAAGAUGAUAGCCUCUUGGUCAACUGUGGAUGGCCCACCCCUGGAGGCCGGGUUGGAACAACUGAUGGGAGAAAUUUGGGUCCGCCGAUCUGGGAUAAUAAUCCAAUGAGAUCAGUGGUCUGUUAUAAUUAUGGGGGCAUGGGGUAUUAUAAGUGUGCAUGUUCAAAACCAUAUAGAAGAUCAGAGAACCCAGUGCAGUUGGGAAACUGCCAAAGGGCCCUAGUGAAGGAGCUAGCUGGGUGCCCGGCCAUAUCAGUUAGCUCCGACAAAAGAGGGUCCCCUUGGAAAUCCUCGGCAAAAAUGAGGGUAAUGGGAGUAUCCCCUCUGAUAAGAAACCCCCAUCCCCUUGAAUUGACAGAGGCCAAAGCCAUGGCUCCUCAGCAGCUGGUGGGCCCCUCUCCUGUGGUGUCGGUACAGGUGGAAGGUAUUUAUUUAUACUAAGGCCCUUUUGGAUUCAGGUGCACAGGUGACGUUUUUAUAUAGGGAUUUUUAUGAUAAGUAUUUGACAUAUAUGCCCAUACAGAGUUGGGUGAUUUGAAGAUCUGUGGUAUUGGUACUGAAAGAUUCUCCUAUUAUGGAUGUUUGCCUAUACAAUUGACGUUUGGGCCCUCUGUUGCUGGGUAUACGGAGACUUUGGAUACUUUGGCUAUCGUGUGUACUCACCCCCCGGGAGUUAGCUAGGGUUCAUUGAUUGUGGGGACUAAUACCAGUUUAGUCAGGUGGUUACUCACCCCAGUCAUUCCAUUAGGGAAUGACUCGUUAGUGAGGGAUGUUCAUCCUGCGCUGCGGACUGUAUGUCAGGGUUUGGCAGGAGCAGCAGGCCCCUGCAGAGGAAGUGGGGCGGUUAUGGAAAUUGGAUAGGAAAAAGAGGGUAAUACAACCAGGGGAAGUGGUGUGCUUGAGGGCUUUUGUUACGUUAGAUUGGGAGCAGCCUGGGCUGCUGGGACAAAGGGACAGAAUGGUGGAGUGAAAUUAAUUCCAGAGGUAAUCUCCACGCAGGUGUUGCAACAGGGAAAGGGGCGGAUCUCAGUUGGAGUUUGGAAUAUCACAGGCCUCCUGGUACGAUUGAGGAAUCGGAUGUUGUUGGGGCAGGUGAGCCCAGCUACCCCAAUUGAGUCUCUGGAUGGUAAGGGAGAGAUGGAGGGAGAGGUCUCGAUGGAUCAGUUUUAUCCUAGAAUACCCAGCUUCCUCUUGAGUGGUGAGAGAGAGCGAGAGACCAGCUUUGGAAGUGGAGACAUUUAUUCUUGCGAGACAAUUUUGAUGUGGGCUGUGCUAGGAAUGCCAAACAUGAAAUCCGAUUGAGGGAAGAUAAACCCUUUAGGGAGAGAUCUCGGCGAAUUCCCUUAAGUGACCUAGAUGAUCUUAGGGAGCAUCUGGCAGAGUUAAAAAGGACUGGGGUCAUUAGGGAAUCCCGAAGUCCUUAUGCUUCCCCUAUAGUGGUGAUCCGAAAGAAGAACGGGACCCUAAGGAUGUGUAUAGAUUAUCAUACCCUUAACUGGAGAACCAUCCCUGACCAUUAUAUAACUCCUCUGACAGAGGAUGCUUUGCAGUGUUUGUCAGGGGCAAAGUGGUUUAGUGUGCUGGAUUUAAGGAGUGGUUCCCAUCAGAUCCCCAUGCAUCCGGAGGAUAGGGAGAAAAUUGCGCUCAUCUGCCCAUUGGGGUUUUAUGAAUUCAAUCGAAUGACGCAGGGUUUGUCAGGGGCCUCAACAACCUUUCAAAGGCAUAUGGAACGGACAGUGGGGGACAUGAACCUGAUAGAGGUGUUGGUCUAUUUGAACGACAUUAUUGUUUUUGGGGAGACACUUGAGCAGCAUAAAGAACGUCUAGAGAAGGUAUUGAUAGGCUCCAGAAGGAAGGCCUGAAAUUGUCGUUAGAGAAAUUUUAUCACUCAUCUGUCACCUAUUUAGAGCAUGUCGUUUCAGCCAAGGGGGUGGCAACGGACCCCGCUAAGCUUGAGGCCAUGGUUUCUUAGCCCAGGCCCCAGAGUGUUGCUAAAUUGCGAUUGUUUCUGGGAUUUUGUUCAUACUAUCAGAGGUUUGUGGAAGGGUUUGCUAAGAUAGCUCGCUCGCUUAAUGAGUUGUUAAAAAAUGAGGGGGUAGAUGAUGCAGUGGGUCGUUCGAAUCCAACCCAUAAAACGAGGGGGCCCAGGAAGUCACGGGAAUCUAUUCAGGCAGAAUGGACUGAGCAUUAUGAGCAGGCCUUUGAUCAGCUGAAGAGGAGGCUUACAAACACCCCAGUCUUAGCUUAUGCCGACCCCAAUCAACCAUAUGAACUACAUGUAGACGCCAGUCGGGAUGGUCUUGGGGAAGUUUUAUAUCAGGAGCAUGAUUAAUGUUUGAAGCCCAUUGCAUAUAUCAAUAGGGGUUUAACUCUUGGGGAAAAGAACUAUCCCACCCAUAAGCUUGAAUUUUUGGCACUCAAGUGGGCGGUGGUGGAUAAGUUGAGGGAUUAUCUGUAUGGGGCAGAGUUUGAGGUCAAAAUGGAUAAUAAUCCACUUACAUACUUGCUUACUACUGCUAAACUGGAUGCCAUGGGGCAUCGAUGGUUAGCUACCCUUUCUGGGUUUAGGUUCAGUUUGAAGUAUUGCCCAGGGGUGGGGAACAUCGAUGCAGAUGCUUUGUCAAGGAGGCCCCAAGAUUCAGGGACAGGCACUAGAGAGUGGGUACAAUUGUCCCCUGAUGGUAUUCAAGCGCUGUAUCGAGGGGUUGAGCAUUGAGCUAGGGGAGCAAUUGGGGCUGAAUCAGUGGGGGUUACCAUUGCAGGUGUCCUCAAAUUAUACUCCAAUCCUAUUCAGGUUAGAGGGGAGGGUAGGUUUGCCUUGACUGAGAAAGAUCUGUGGAGGGACCAGAUGGAAGACCCCUCUGUGGCUUGGUUGGAAGAGCUUUGAGAAGCGGUCAGCAGGAGGUUUUACUCAUCGAUGCGCCCAGAAGAGUAUGAGUGCUGUACAAGGAGUGGGGUCGUCUGCAGCUUCGUGAUGGAGUAAUCUAUCAGAGGGGCCUCUCAGAUGGGCUCAAAGAAAGGUGGCAGCUUUUGCUUCCAGAGAAACACAGAAGAGCAGUGUUGACUGCACUUCAUGACGAGCAUGGGCAUUUGGGGCCGGAAAAGACUUUUGAAUGGAUCGGUUCUGUUGGCCCUGCAUGAAGAAGGGGAUUAUUGCAGAUCUUGUCUGCAUUGUAUUCAGAGAAAAACUCUACCAUCAAGAACUGCGUCAAUGGGCCAUUUACAGAGUUAUGGAACCUUGGACUUGGUUUGCAUCGAUUUCCUUUCCCUGGAACUGGAUGCAAGUGGACAAGGAAAUGUGUUGGUCGUGACCGAUCAUUUUACCCUCUAUGCUCAGGCCUUCCCAACAAGAGAUCAGCACGCUGUUACAAUGGCCAAGGUAGUGGAGAAAUUUUUUAUGCAUUAUGGGCUGCCUCAGCGCAUACAUUCUGACCAAGGGAGGGAUUUUGAAAGUAGGCUUGUAAAACAUCUGCUGGGCUAGUUGGGUAUUCAGAAGUCCUGUACCACCCCGUAUCACCCACAGGGGGACCCGCAGCCUGAGAGAUUUAAUCGCACUCUCUUGGACAUGUUGGGGACCCUUACGGAGGAGCAGAAACAUCAUUGGACAGAACAUAUCUCUGCCGUCGUGCGCGCCUAUAACAUCACGAGAAGUGACACUACCGGGUAUUCCCUGUACUGGCUAAUGUUUGGCAGGGAAACCCGCCUGCUGGUAGAUCUAGCUUUUGGUACCUCAAUGGAUGAGAUCUCUUUUAAGUCCUAUCGUAAUUAUGUGGACAGGAAGAGUUUAAAGGGAGCUUAUGAAAAAGCUGCAGAGGCCGCAGGGGUUCGGGAACGGCAGAACCAGAGAAAUUACGAUCUAAAGAGUAAGGGUCCAGGAUUUACAGUUGGGGGAUCAGGUGCUAUUAAGAAAUCUGGGCCCCGCUGGGAAGCAGAAAUUAGCCGAUCAGUGGGGCUCCUGGUUGUAUGUGGUUAGUGAAAAACUGCCGGGAUUGCCCGUAUACUGGAUAUGGCCAGAGGGAAGCACAGGACCUUCGAAAGCGUGGUACCGGAACCAUUUAUUGCCCUUGCACGAGGCAGUACGAGCUACCCAGCUAGUUCCCGAAGAUGAGCCCCGUGUGGUGGAAAGGGGAAUGGAAACCAGGGAAAAACCUGUCUUGUCUAUAGAGAGGGAAGCGGAGGAUUCUGAGGAAGAAGAGGGCGACAUAGGUCGGUUAUGAUUAUCAGGGGAUAUGGGGAUUGUGGGUGGUGAGGUGGAGUUAGAACAGUCAGGGCUUGAUGUUCAGAACCUAUGCCUAAAGCUUGUGAACACGAGGGGACUCCCCAGAGAUUUGCGGCCAGGGAUCAGUCUGGGGAAUGAUCAGGACAGGAUGGAUUGUUGCCCUCAGAGAUUGCAGAGCCAGGGGAAUUGUUGGAGGUGGAUCAGGUUACUUCAUGGGGUCUGCAGUCACCAGUGUUAGAGGAAGAGUUGCUAGUUCCGGGUACUUCCGGGGAUGGGGAGCCACUAGAGGAUGGCGCCCAUGAUGCUGUUGAGCCUAAAGUGCAGAGAUUGAGGCGAGUGAUACGCCCGGUGAAGAGACUAACAUAUGAUGCCCUAGGACACAGCAUAGAGAAAGAGUGACAUUCGCCCCUUAAUAAUAUAAAUGGUGAGUAGAAAGGUUCUCUAUUCUUUGGGGGACCAAAGAAACUGUUUAGGUGGGGGGAGUGUGUAGCGGGGCUGUCUUAGAGUGUUUGCAGGAGUUUGGCUGGGAAGGGAGAAAUUGGGACACCUGUUGCUGGUUUUGGGUGUGGUAGGGAUGGAUGAAGGGAAAGGAUAGAAAAAGGGAAGGAAGGAAAGGGAAGGGGUGGCUGUUGGAGUUCGUCAGCUGAAAAUAAAGAGGGAUUGGAGGUUUUAAGCUGACCCCUUCAUGUGGAGGAAUGGGAGAGAGAAAGAGAGAGAGGGAGUAGAAUUUUAUUGUUUUCUUAGUGAGAAAGAUAUUUCAAAUGGAGGCAAGAGAGAGUGAGAGAGAAGGAGUGGAAUUUUAUUGCUUUCCUUCGUCAGAAGGAUAUUUCAAACAGAGGCAAGAGAGAGUAAGAGAGAGGGAGUGGAAUUUUAUUGCUUUCCUUCGUGAGAAGGAUAUUUCAAACGGAGGCGAAAGAGAGUGUGUGGAAAGGAAGUGGCUGGGAUUGUUAGCCUGGGACUUUCAACAAUAAAAAUAAGGGGGGAGGGUUUUGAUGCCAAGACCUGACUGAGAAGAAGCAACAGAAGAAGAGAAGAGACUGGUUGUAGCUACUGUUGCUGUGAAGCCUGGAGGCUACCUGGAUUGUGACAACUGCUGCUUGUACAAGUUUUAGAUUUUGUGGGGAGGGGCAAGCCAUUAUAUAGCACGCUGACUGCUUUUGUUUCUACUACUGCCUGGAGCUGGGUUUUCUUCCACCCCACUUGAUCUUGAAAGGUC